ACCAUUCACUUCUCCUUAUCUUAUCGAUAACAGUACUUAAGUAAUCUUACAGUACUUGAGUUAUUACAGAACUUAAGUUAUCUUAUCCAUUGCUUAAAGCGCCCAAUAUUAUGGCUGAUGAUGAACAACUCAUCGCUUCCCUUCCCAAAGAUUUGGGGUUGUUAGCACCUUCUGAAAUGUGUUUAUAUCAAGGCUUUUGGUGCCCAACCAUAUAUAUUCCUCAUAUCAUUUCCUUCCAAAAACACUUUCAGGCUCAACACCAAGAUACUAUAGUUGCCUCCGUUCCAAAGUGCGGCACCACCUGGCUAAAAUCUCUCGUCUUUUCCAUCGUUAAUCGUACCCGUUAUGAUUCCUCGACCACUCCUUUGCUUUCUUCAAACCCUCAUCCUCUUGUGCCCUUUCUAGAGUUGGAGGUCUUUUCUAAAAAGGAUGUUCCUGAUCUCACCACCAUUCCGUCUCCUCGCCUUUUUUCCACGCACUUGCCUUAUGCAGCCUUGUCCGAGUCUAUCAGAAACUCUGAUGCAUCUGUUGUUUACAUCUGCCGCAACCCUUUCGACGCUGUGGUCUCUCUUUGUCAUCAUCUCGACGAACUCAAGUCGAACAGUGAGGCUCAGAAGUCCAUGGAGGAAGCAUUUGACAUUUAUUUUAAAGGAAUUGCUGGAUAUGGACCCUUUUGGGACCAUGUGUUAGGAUACUGGAAGGUGAGUUUGGAGAAGCCAAAGAAGGUGUUGUUUUUGAAAUAUGAGGAUUUGAAGGAGGACAUUGUUGGCGAGUUGAAGAGAAUUGCGGAGUUCAUUGGAUAUCCUUUUUCAGAAGAAGAAGAGAGACAAGGGAUCAUUCAGGAGAUAGCAAAGUUGUGCAGUUUCAGCAGUUUGAAACGACUUGAAGCGAACAGCAGUGGCACCUAUUUGGAGGUUCAUCCUAACUCGGUCUUCUUUAGGAAAGGCAACGUAGGCGAAUGGGUUGAUUACAUAAGUCCGUCAUUGAAGCAGCGGUUAGAAAAUGUGAUGAGCGAAAAAUUAAGUGGAUCUGGUUUGUCUUUCAAGCUAUCUUGAUAGAAUAUUUCCCUUAUAGCUGUCUGUAUUCAUAAUAACUAAAAGUGUCUUUAUUCAGAAUAAGCAACAAGUGUCUGUAUUAUUGAAAAUGUAAAAAAUGCAAGUAGUUGCAUUAAAAAUAUUUAAUCUUUAAAGAGUUUGUAUUAAGAAUGAAAUGGCGGAGUUGUGUUCAGUAUGAAUUAUUUGUAAGUGUUAUGAUUUGGCUUUGCAAUGACAACAUUGUAUGCAACAGAAAGCAAUUGCAAAUUUCUUUUAUUCA